UAGACAUGGCAAUCGGUGGUGGUAGUAAGGCGACGGGACAGAGGAAGGUUAUGGUCGUAGCAGACCCAACCCGCGAAUCAUCAUCUGCUCUCCGCUAUGUUCUAUCUCACGUAGGACUCGAGAAUGACACAUUGUAUCUUCUUCAUGUUGAAAGCCCUACCUUUUGGAAGAAUGGUCUUUUAUAUUUCAAGAAACAAACACCGGGAUCUUCAACCAUCCCUGCCCCCCCACCGGCCCCUGCCCCCAGGCAAGGGGGUGUUGGCCAUGGUGGUAUUGGUAUAACUGGUUGCAUUGGCGGAAAUAUAGACUUUCUUGAGCAAAUGAAGCAGGCGUGCGAAGUUAUGAACCCAAAGCUCAGGGUGAAGGUGUUAAAGGUUGAAUUGGAUGGGAAGGAGAAGGCAAAUGUGAUCAUUUCACAAGCCCAAAUGCAUGGAAUUGAUCUUCUUGUUGUAGGAAAACGUCAGAGUCUAUCUAAUGCAAUAUUAAGGCAGAGGAUGAAUGGGUUAGUAAGAGGAGAAACAGCAGAGUAUUUGUUGGAGAACAGCAAAUGCACCUGUGUUGCAGUGCAGAGAAAGAGCCAAAAUGGAGGCUACCUUCUCCAUACAAAAUCUCAGAGAAAUUAUUGGCUCUUGGCAUAG